UUGUUACCUGUAAAUAUCUAACAAUGUUUAAUGUGCUGUUGUGACAGAUCUUAAAUGCAUUGUAUUUUCUGUUUAUUUCAGAGUAUAAGAUUCAGAUAUGGCUUUCAUAUUUGAUUGGAUUUACAGUGGUUUCAGUAGCGUAUUACAGUUCUUAGGGUUGUACAAGAAAUCGGGCAAACUAGUGUUUCUUGGCCUGGACAAUGCUGGAAAAACUACGCUGCUGCACAUGCUCAAAGAUGACAGAUUGGGACAACACGUCCCCACGUUACACCCCACUUCAGAAGAGCUGACGAUUGCUGGCAUGACUUUCACUACCUUUGAUCUGGGUGGACAUGCUCAAGCUCGCCGAGUGUGGAAAAACUAUUUACCUGCGAUUAAUGGCAUCGUGUUCUUGGUGGACUGUGCAGACCACGAAAGGUUGCUUGAAUCAAAAGAAGAACUUGAUUCACUAAUGACAGAUGAAACUAUUGCUAAUGUGCCUAUCCUAAUUCUUGGGAACAAGAUUGACAGACCUGAAGCCAUUAGUGAAGAGAGGUUACGAGAGAUGUUUGGUCUGUAUGGCCAGACAACAGGAAAGGGCAGUAUACCCCUGAAAGAGCUCAACGCCAGGCCGCUGGAGGUGUUCAUGUGCAGCGUGCUAAAGAGACAAGGCUAUGGAGAAGGCUUCCGUUGGAUGGCACAGUACAUUGAUUAAUGCCAAAACCCCACCAGUACCUUCUGCCCCCUGUCUGAAUAUUAAGUCUGCUCUUUAUUUGAUCACUCGGUGUACGUAACUUGAAUUCAUUUGACUGUUUAGUUAUAUAUAUAAAAAAAAAAUAAUAUACAUUUUUAGCUAAUUAUAUCAUGUACGCUAAAUUGUUAAGUGUGAGGAUUGAGAAAUUAUUUCAAGCGAGUUUGUAAGUUUUAAGUACCACAAUCUGUGAGCUUUCUAAUCCCAUGCAACAUUCUUUUGCAGCUUUUAAUUUAACAAGUCUCCGGCACCAUUUUUGGUCAGAGCAACUUUCCAGUACAGUAUGUUUGAAUGCACUUUUUAACAGCUUAAAAACUACGAACAUGUGAAAAAAAAAAAAAUAUUUAAUGCUUAUGUUAAAUUUUUUUAUGUACUUUUUUGAAACUGGUUUUAUAACUUUAGAGUAUAUAACCAUCUUUCAAGGAAUAAUAAAUAAUUAGCUGAUGGAUAAUUGCAUGAUGCCUUACGGUUUUCAAUAAUAUACUUUCUUAUGCAACGUCAUGCAAUAAAUUUAAAUCCGGUUUUUGGCAACUUUAAUGGAAAAUGUUUCAUUUUAAUGUGUCUUAACUAGUGAGGCUGCCUGAUGAUCUGAAUAUGUGGGAUAUUUUCCUGAAACACAGAAGGCCACCAAGUAGUUUCAUUGUAUGUUAGAGUAAGGUGUUUUUUUCAGACUACCAAUUUGCAUUGAGUUUUAGGAUUUUGCGUUAGUAAAAAAAAAUAAUCUACUCCAAUGCCCUUAUAACCACCACUUUUAAAAAGUACAAAUAAUGUAAAUCAGCUGUGCCAUUGUAAGUCUUGAACUAAUGUCAAAAGUGGUCUUACUGUACUGGUCUCUUGAGUUAAACCCCUGAAGCGGCACAAGAAAUAGAGGUUUUAUUCUGAAGAAAUUAAGAAUACCAUUGCACUAAAUAUUCGGUUCGUAAUUUAAUUAGAUCUGGGGUUUGCCAGAAGAUUUGCCUGUGAAAUUGCCCAGGGGGAAAAAAUGUUGCCAUUGCUGCUUGUGAAAAUUUAUCAGCCCACACCCAAUCGACCAAUUUUAUUUUUUGGUGUUCCAAACUGGGACAAGAUGGGUUAUUUUCUGUGGUUUUGCCCUGAAACCUAGUCAGCGUGGCAGCUGCUGGCUGCCCAGGUGGCUUAGUUCUGGGGAUAAAAUCUGAUUAUUUGGGGUCCUUAUUUCUAGACAUCUGACUGUUGGGUUUUAAUCUCUGAUCCUCCCAGUGCAGGCAGGGUUUCUGCCCUGGAGUCACCCUUUCACCAUGAUGGGUUUGAAUUUCGCUGUGGAGUUUGUUUCCCCCUUGUUAGAGUAUGAACUGCUGCAAGUUUUUUUUACUGAAUCCCUUUUACUCACUGUUGUGGGUCUUCUCCAAAAUAUUUUAGGCCUUAUGUUUACAAUAUCCAGGGCAGCAAAUGUAUUUCUGACUGGUUUGGUUUCAUAAAUAACUUUCUCUAAACCUGCUGGGCUUGAAUUUCUGACUUCAAGCCCGUAGGCUCAUAUCAAGGAGACUUUUCCUUUGCCCAAGAUCUGAACUUGUAUGAUUUGAAUAUUGAUGAUCGGUGCUCCACGGUCCCAGAUCGUGCAUCUGAAUCAGAUGAAUAAUUCAGAACCCAACUAAUUGUAAAUUGUAACUGAAGUUUAUUGCUGCAAAGUGUGAAGCCUGGUUUGUGCACGGAGAAAUUCAGAGGGAUGGGAUUGGGUAGCUUCUCCAAAUGAGCAAUGUAAGAGAAUUUUGCAUUUAAAAUAAUGCUCAGCUGUAGAGUGGUAUCUCCUGUAUAAAUCAAAACUGGAGUUGAGAAAUGGCCUCUCACCAGUGUGUGGACAAUAUGUGAGUCUCCACUACCUACAGCCGUUGCGUAGGGGACGUGCCACUUUUUUCCCCCCCCUCUAGAUUUUUCUGAUGAUGGUUACAAUGCAGAGAACAACAGCUAAACGGGCAGACUGUGUAAAUAUUAAAAAUACUACCUGCAGUCACACUGUGGUGUUGAUGUGGGAGACUUAUGUGGCCUGCGCUGAUGGAGAUGAAGCUGGUGGAGAUGUUCUGCUGCAGAGCACUUCCACAGGCUGAGCCACAGCCUGGGCACUGAGAGCUCCUCUUCACCUUCCCACCAACUGCAAAUAACAGCAGCAGGAAGGAAAGAGAUGAUAGUAUUAAAGAUUUAAAAAGAAGAGAGGUGAUACUGCUUUAAAAGUGUGUGUUAAGAGUAAUUCUUAGUAUUAUGGAAAUACUCAGAUUUCACGUUUCCCACUGUAGGAUGCUAGUUUAAACGUGGUUGUAAUAAGGGCAUGAAGAAAUCUGGGCCUUGUGCUUAUCCUCCUGGGUAUUGUCCUGGUUCCCUUGGUGGGAACAGCUGAUCAGCACUUGGUUAAACACACAAAUAAUCCUGCUCUUUCAUCUCAUCCAGCAGAGGAAGUGUCGUCUGUAGUUCAGUUCCCUGGUGCACACGAAUGUGAAUGGGUGUUGUGUGUCUUUGUGUGAAGACCUCAUUAAUAGUCAAAUAUACUGAUGAGAGUUUUUCUGGUGGUUUUCAUCCCACCAUCCCUUACCCCCUCCACAUCUCCCUGCUCACUCAUUUCUGGAGGUUGCUUUUUCCUAUCACUGUGGCCAGUCUACACUUCAAAAAAAAAAAAAAGGCAACAUUCACAUUUGGGUCCGAUUUCUAUGAAUUUUUUUCUUUUUGCACUCUUGACUAUGCAGAUUUCAAUUAACCAUCACUCUUUAAAGAAUGUGAAAAAGAAAACUUGUUAAUAAAGAUGUCAUUUAUGAAGUGUCUCAUUUGGGUUUUACAUCAAAAGAGUUAUUUAAGAGAAAUGAAUGCAGAUUUCUAAGGUACUGAUAACUACUGACAGAGUGGCCUGUGUUUCGCUGCAGUGACCCCAUACACUGGCAUCUAUGGGUUGAAAAAGGUUUAUUUUGCUUGGAUUUAUUUAAAAUUGGGUUGUAGCAUGUAUUGUGUAACUGAGAGGCAUCGCUAUGUUUCAGUCUUGGUUUAAUCAGGUUUUUUUCAGCGACAAUUGUUGGUGUUGGAGAUGGGAAGGAUCUUAGAGCUUUCUCACUCAUCCUCUUGCCGGGUGAAGGUGAUUUCAUGAACCUUUCUGUGUUGAGCUUUGGGGAACUGCCUCUGUGAUGUGCCAGAGGGGACCUACAGCAUUCACUGGAAUCCAACACCCGCGUGCACGUGAGCUUUGGUGUGUUUUGAUCAUUGGCAUCGAAGGUCAAAGAGAACAUUUGGCGCCCACUUACUUAUAACUGAAGUCGGGUCAGAAAAACGAUAGCGGUGGUUUCCAAUCCCAGUGAAUUCACAGGUCUGCUUCAAGUCAAAUUGUUCUCUUCUUUGUGCUGUUGGAGUAUUUGGUUGUUACCAACCUAAGUCAAAUAUUUCUAUUGACUACAAGAUGCUCAGAUUUAGUGUAGAGAACAUAAUUGUUAGUUACCUAUGGACUCGGGAGUUCCAUUCAAAGCAGCCUAACCCCCUGGCUGGCUGUGGGGAUGUGUAACUUAUUUGCACUUAGAUAAACCACUUUUGCACUAGUAUCUCAGUGGGGAACGAAACGUUGUCUGUUUUGAAAUGUGAGUGCUCUGAAUGUUCAAAAGCAUAAUUUAUAUAAUAAACUGCAGAAGAAAAGCUAAA